AUGCCUCGUCCAUCCACUCCUCCUAGAGCCACAAACCCCUCCAAGGCAGCAAUCUCCCCUCCGACCCCAGAGGUGACUCGUCGCAUCGAGGAAAACCGUUUAAAGGCCAAAGCCCGCCGCGAACAACUCGAAGCCGCCCAACGAGCUGCAGGUGUCCCUUCCCUGCCUCGCACCAGGUCUGGCUUCGUCGCUACCGACGAAAUUCACAUACCGAACUCGCGCAAGCGGCCGCAUGAGGAGAUCGUCUCCGUCCGCAACACACCCGCCAUUAGUCGAGAUGGGCGCAUUAACGGCGCGUCUAUCGCCAAAGAUGCCGGCGCACCGCCCCAGGACGGCGCGGACUCUAUACGGCCGGCCAAGAAAUUUACAAAGUUUGUAGACUACGACUUUGACAAAAUCACAGAUUCAAAGGGAGGCUUCUUGAGUGUAGAGGAUGAUCCUUGGAACAAAGCCAUGAGUGGUGGUCCGGCAUCUACCUCCGGAAGUGCAAAGCCGGGCCAGCCUGCCGAGCCGGGCCAGGAAAAGCCUAAAGGCAUGACGGAGGCAGAAUGGGAACGGCUGCAAAUACUACGGAAACUACGACGGCAAAAAGCUGGGCCUUACGAGCCAGGGCUUAGCGUCAUCAACGCAGCGGAGCGCAAGAAAUGUCGAGAGUGCCAAAGCCUGGAGAUUGACUUUGUCUGGGACGAGGUGUUCAAUAUCUCUGUGUGCAAUAGGUGCAAAGAAGCAUCGCCGGAGAAAUACAGCUUAUUGACCAAGACAGAAGCUAAAGAAGAUUAUUUGCUCACAGACCCGGAACUGCGAGAUGAGGAACUGCUGCCGCAUUUGAGCAGACCCAAUCCGCACAAGAGCCACUGGCACGACAUGAUGCUGUUUCUGCGGUGUCAGGUGGAGGAGUAUGCCUUCUCGGACAAGAAAUGGGGCAGCACAGAAGCCCUCGAUGCCGAGUUCGAAAAGAGGGAAGCAGAAAAAAGGAAGAGGAAAGAAGAAAAGUUCAAGUCGAAGCUGCUUGAUCUCAAGAAGCGAACCAGAACAGAAGCAUACAGAAGAGAACAUGGCAGGCUAGGGUCUGGCGCCGGUAUUGGCAGAAGGAAAAAUGGCGAGACGGCCAAGUUUGGAGAUGCGGUGCCCAACAUGGGACGGCACGUGCAUGAAUGGGGUAGGGCGAUUGAGAACGAGGAGGGCAUGACGGUGAAAACGUGCACAACUUGCGGAAUGGAGGUCGAGGAACUAGAGUUUUGA